CUCUUAUCCUGCUAUCUCGGCCUAACCCCGCGCAGUUGAGCCAGAGAUGCGAUAUCGGGUGGAUUGCGUUCUGUGAAGACGUCUAAUAAAGAGCCUGAGCCGACUAUCGAAUUCUCGUCAAAUCUGCCGAAUCUGAUUCGACACUCUGGCUAGCUUCACUUGCUUAAUCACACUUGCUUAAUCACAUCAUGGCUACGACUACGCAACCUGAGCGUCCUGCCGUCACGCUUCCCCAGGGCAAAGUGGUUGGCGUCACAUUGAGCGAUAACCUCCCACGUCCCGUCAAGGCAUUCCGGGGCAUUCCGUAUGCGCUCCCGCCGACAGGGGACCGCAGAUUCCGCCCUGCCGUCAAGGUUGAGCCGUCUACCGAUGUGAUUGACGCGAUUGAGUAUGGCCCGUCUGGCCCAGGAAAGCCGCUUCUUCCUGGCGCGCCGUUGGUAUACAGCGAGGAUUGCCUCACGGCCAAUGUAUUCAUGCAAUCGUCUGAUGGCGCUGAACCUGCUGGGCCUCUACCCGUGGCUGUUUAUAUCCAUGGCGGCGCCUUCAACCGCGGGACUGCGUCGAUGCACAACACUGCAUCCAUGAUUGCAUGGGCCGAGGAUCCUUUCAUUGCCGUGUCAUUCAACUACCGCAUCGGAGCACUUGGCUUUUUGCCGUCGUCGGCCAGCGCCAAGGAAGGCAUUCUCAACCUCGGCCUGAGAGAUCAGAUUGUUCUGUUCGAGUGGGUGCAGGAGAACAUCCACCUCUUCGGCGGUGAUCCCAAUAACGUUACCCUGAUCGGCCUCUCGGCCGGGGCCCAUUCGAUUGGCCACCAUUUGAUGCAUUUCCAAGAAGGCGUCAAGCCGCUCUUCCACAAGGUCGUCAUUGAAUCUGGCGCGCCGACGUCUCGCGCUGUUCGGCCCUACAAUGCACCAAUUCACGAACAGCAGUUUGCAGACUUCUUGAAAGAGACUGGCUGCCCCGAAGAUGCCUCACACGAGGAAAUAUUCUCGUAUCUGAGAGCUCAACCCAGUGAAAAGAUCACCACGGCCCAGACUGCCGUCUUCGAUAAAUACAACCCGUCCCUGCGGUGGGCAUUCCAGCCGGUCAUCGAUGGAGAGCUCAUCGCCCGUCCUCCCUUGGAGACAUGGCACCAGGGCAAAUGGCACAAGGUUCCCAUCAUGACUGGCUUCACCCGAAAUGAGGGUUCUCUCUAUGUCAACAAGCAACUAUCGGAAUCUUCAGGGUUCCUCCAUUUCUUCGCCGAGCUGCUUCCCCUCCUGUCCGCCGAAGACAUCAAGACAAUUGACGAGCUGUACCCCGACCCUGCGACACACGCCGAUUCGGAAUACAAGGAGACCAGAGACGGAGUCGGUUCCCAGUACAAACGCAUCGAGAGAGCGUAUGGUCACUACGCAUAUGUGGCCCCUGUUCGUCAAACGGCCGAGCUUGCCACAGCCUCCACGGAUUUGCCUGUGUACGUCUACCAGUGGGCCCUGCAAAGCUCCAUCCUGGACGGCGCUCGCCAUGCGGACAACAUGAGAUACGAAGUUUGCGACCCCAAGGUGACCAGCAUUUCGCCCACACAAAAGGCGCUGUGCAGGACCAUGAAUUCAUACGUAACCAGCUUCAUUACCAAGGGCGAUCCAAACGCCGUGCAGGGCGAGAUGGCUGGCCGAGCAAAGUGGGAGCCAUACAAGAAGGAGGAUCCAAAGGCAAUGGUCUUUGGAGCCAACAAUGAGGAGUUGAUUGGAGGCGCUGCUGAUGAAGUCGCGUCAGAGUUGGUUCCGGAUGUGUGGGGAAGAAAAGAGUCGGAGUUCUGGUGGAGCAAGGUAGACGUAUCUCAACAAUAGUCGCAAGAUAGAUAGAAUUGGACAUACACUGGGUGCCAAAAAGGGGACAACCAGUUGAAGUAUUAUCGGGAAAAUAGAUCUACUA